AGAUGAUGAAGACUGGCUCUGCAAGAACACCUGCCAGGUCCCUCAGCACUCGCAGGUGCAUCCCAUUGGGGCCCAGGUAUUUGCAAGGAUCCAGUUUACAUAGAUGAUCGCAGCCCAGUCCUUCUCAACUGGUGGUUUAAAAAUGUCUGACCAGAAAAAUAUUUUACACAGAGCCCACUGCAUUGAAAAGCUACUGUCUGAGAACAACUUCCAAGAUAUUGAGGAUCAUCUUAAAGAACUGGAAGAUGUUGAUAUGACCACAGAAUAUCUUCAGGGAACAGACGUUGCCAAGGCUGUAUACAGAGUACUCAAGAGCUGCCCUUCAGCCGAGUUGAAAAAGAAAGCAAAGCAGUUAUUAUCAAGAUGGAAAGCGCUUUACAAGAAUAACUGUGCUCAGUCAGUGCAAGUUAAAAAGUCAGUUUCUGUGUAUGUGAAAGAGGAAAUUGAACAUCUCUGCGUGGUUCCUAGAGGGCAGGCACUGUCUGAAGGACCAUGUCAGGAGGAGGCAUUAGAACCUGAGAGUUCUAAAAUUUUGGUCCCAUCGCAAACUGUUAAAAAUGUGGUAUGUAACAAUGCAGAAGGCAGCGUGAAUCAGCCUCCUCCUUUUGAGGAACAACACAUUGAUAAUGAAGGUUCUAAACCUCUUGUUAACGAAACAAGUGUUCAGCAGGAUCCGAUGACAGCUCUGAGGUGUAAAUGUACGGAUCUUCUUUAUAAAGCUUUGUCUGGUUCUGCCAAAGACAAAGAGGAGACUGAUAAAUGGCUAGAGCUAUCUAAAGAAAUCGAAGAACAUAUUUUUGCUCUUCAUGCUAAAAAUGAUAAAAAGUAUAGAAAUUGCAUCAGAAGCAAAAUCUCUAACCUGAAGAACCCUAAAAGUUGCCACUUAAAACAUAACCUUUUUUCAGGGACGUUGAGUCCAAAGGCUUUUGCUGAGAUGACAGUGAUGGAAAUGGCCAGCAAUGAACUGAAACAGCUCAGGGCUCUGUACACAGAAUCAUCUGUUCAGGAGCAUCAGCUUCCACAAGUUAUUAAUGGCACACGGACAAACAAAAUAAGGUGUAGGCGCUGUGAAAAAUUUGACUGCACGGUCACUAUGAUCGCCAGAGGAACUCUCUUUCUUCCAGGUUGGGUACGAAACACAAGUCCAGAUGAACAAAUGUUGACUUAUGUUAUUUGUAAUGAAUGCGGAGAACAGUGGUAUCACAGCAGAUGGAUUUGUUUGUAACAGCGUCCCUCUUCAAUAAGUGAUUUAGAAACGUAGAUAUGAGAAGGUAUCUCUGUUGAAACUGAAUAAUUUAAAAUUUUGUCUUGAUAUUAUGUAGAUGCUGCCAAUAAAAAGUGGAAAAUUAGCUUUAAAAAAUUGCUAAGUUAUUCUUGGAGAUGGCUUGAAUAAAUCUAUGUGUUUUGAGUAAUGUCAAUAUGUAAAGAAACUAAGAAAAAAGGGGGGAAAUGGUAACACUGUAUUCGAGAGGAAUAUUCACUAGUAAAUCCAUUUAAAAUAUUCCAAGUACUGCAAUUUUUUCCCCAAGGUACUGAGUACUUGGAAUUUCCAUUAUCUCCAGCAGGAGUUCUUUCACAGAACUUAAGUUUUGUUUACAGUAAACAAACUCUUUCCAAAACUGCAGUUCACAUACUUGCGUGCAUUGCAGAAUGUUCAGCAUGGAUUCACUCCUUAAUUAAAUUAACUUUUUACAAGUAAGUGUUAGAUUAUUAAGUCGGUUAGAGAGGUAAUGUCUAAAAGGAAAAAAGGAAUGAAAAACAGUGUAAAAGGGGGACAAGGCAGCUAGCAAAUGAAAGCAAAAAUGAAAUUCUGCUUUAGCUUUUUAUAGCUAUUGGGAGGAAAACAGGACUUCUACCAGUGUCUCAGUCUGCAGUUCAGAUUUGCAGUGUAAGAUGAUGUGUCCUGCAACUGUUAAGAAAUUCAUGCAGGAUCAGGCAGUGGUUCAUUUCAGAGAAUUAUGUAAAUACAUUAUUAAAUCUAUUUAAUAAAUAAAGGCAUGAAGUUAAUAGGAGUUAAUCACUUUCUGAAUGGAUAUCCUCUCUUGAAGUGAGGCAUCUGUCCUGAACUGAGCAAAUGAAUGGUUUUAUGUUGUGCAGGUUAGCCAGGAAAAAAAUGAAUAGAAGGAAAUCUAACAGCUAAAGUUUUUAUGCAUGUUUUCGUUCAAGUCAACAGAAUUCUCACUGGCUGUAUACUAGAAGCAUUUAUUUAUCGAAAAGUACCACUUCAGUCGUCGUCUUUCUCAAGUGAUAGCCCUGGUUGUGUGGGUUUUUUUCUGGAGAACUUAAAAUUACUUUGAAAUCAGCUAUCUGAAUACUUUGCAUGGAGUAUAUAUCAGAAGUCAGGGAGAUAUUUCUUUUCUGAACUGGGAGAACCACCUCAGUCCAGGUAUCUUUCAGAUACCCCAGUCAGGUAUCUGUCUGUUGGUCUGUAGAAGCCUGUGUUCAUACUGUGUGUCCCUGGUUUGAUUUCUUCCCUGGUUUUUAGUUACUGUAAAUGUUUAAAUGAAUGGAAAUGGGCCAUGCAUUGGGUCCUAUUUUCUGAGCACAUGAAUGUGUCAACUCACAGACUUAAGGAAAUGCUGUGAAAAAUAAGCCUGCCCUGCCUGAGAGGUUAGGUUCUUGCACCAAAGCAAAAACCACGGCCUUCAUAAUGAGUUUCCAUGUUGGAGUACAGAUGAGAUGGUGAAAUGGGUCAACAAAUUGCCAAAAUCAUGCUUUAGGCACAGAGGAAAGUGUUUUGUUUCACCCUAUUGUACAAACAAUAAACCUGCGUAUUUGGCAUUAAUGGAGAGCUCUUUUUACAACUGCGCAGGAUGCAUUUUGCAGUUCAAGGCUAAAAUGCAUCAGCUGAGCAGAGAACACUGGUUAGUAUCUGCUGGAGGAGCUAAGGGCAGUCCUGCACCCAUGUAGCUGUAACGCAGCUGCGGCUGGUCAGCUUCUUGGGGUGAAGGCACUGCCCUGGAGCUCUCCAGCUAUGUGGCCUGUCAGAGAAAGGAGUUAGGGGCAUGAGAUGAGAAAAUGGUGCUGGUGAACUAAAAGACAGCCAGGACUAAAAAGAAAAGAGAAGAAAGGCCUUUGUCUGUGUAUGGUGAACACAGUGUGUAACCUGAUGUUACAAAGAGGCACUUAUUAUUAUUCUACUGUGGAAAAAAAAAAUAAAUCUUUUCCAUUCUGUGAAGUGUUAACGGUUAACUUUCAACGGUGUGAUUUACAGUGGCAUUACCUAGAUGUUUAUCAUGUGAAAAUGUGUGUUCUAGUGGAAUUGCACUGAUGUAAAACAAAUAUUAAAGCACUAAGCCCGACCCACAGUGUUCGACUGCGUAACCGAGCACUUAAUGUCUGACCUUCCUUCCCAGCCCUUACCCGUGUGCUGGAACUGAUGCUUUCAAGUAGUCCUGCUUGUUUAAGUGGAAGUACUUCUGUGCAAAGUAUUGUUUUUAUCUUUCAAUAAAACCAUAGUAAAGCAAACA